AUGUUUAUUCAAAAUUAUAUAACCGGUAUUACUAAGGUAGUUUCUUUAGAUGCAAACCCUUCUAUAAAAAAAGAAGAUAAGAAGAAACUAGUAGAUAAAGUGAAUAAAGAUAUGCCUAGACAAAAUGAAAGAGGUGAUGAUAGACAGACUAGAAGUAGAACUAGUACAAGAAGUAGUAGAGGUCGUAAUAAUACAAAAUCAUAUCUUUAUUCUAUUCUGAAUUUAAUUCAAAUUAUGUUAACUCUUUAA